AUGAGAUCCCUUGCUUUGCUUGUAUGUCUGCUCUGGGGCUUCGGCACCUUGAGGGAUGGAUGGAGCCUUCCCCUCAAGUCAGUCCAGGUCACAUUUCCAGGAGACAUCAUCAAAAACAUGACUGAUAUGGAGCUGGCACGAAGUUACCUGACCAAGUUUGGCUACCUGGAAAGCCUGAAGCGCAGUGGCUUUCAAUCCAUCGUGUCCACCUCCAAAGCUCUGAAGAAGAUGCAGCAACAUAUGGGUCUGGAAGUAACAGGUCAGCUGGACUCGGCCACCCUUGAGGCUAUGAAGCAGCCGCGCUGUGGCCUUCCCGACGUGGCCAACUACAAAACAUUUGACGGAGACCUUAAAUGGGACCACAAUGACAUUACUUACAGGAUCCUAAACUAUUCUCCAGACUUGGACAGCUCCCUGACUGAUGAUGCAUUUGCCAGAGCUUUCAAAGUUUGGAGUGACGUCACCCCUUUGACAUUCACUCGUCUCUUUGAAGGGACGGCGGAUAUCAUGGUCUCAUUUGGAAAAGGCGACCAUGGAGACCCAUACCCCUUCGAUGGUAAGGAUGGCCUCCUGGCACACGCUUACCCUCCUGGCAAUGGAAUCCAGGGAGAUGCCCACUUUGAUGACGAUGAAAACUGGACACUAGGAAAGGGGGCAGUGGUGAAGACCCGCUAUGGGAAUGCUGAGGGUGCCAUUUGCCACUUCCCCUUCACUUUUGAGGGCAAGUCCUACACAUCCUGCACUACCGACGGCCGCCAGGACAAUCUCCCGUGGUGCGCCACCACCACUGAUUUCAGCAAAGAUAAAAAAUAUGGCUUCUGUCCCAGUGAACUUCUAUACACUUUUGGAGGGAACGCAGACGCCGCACCCUGCGUGUUUCCGUUUGUAUUCCAAGGGAAGGAGUACAGCAGUUGUACCACGGAGGGCCGCGAAGACCGCUAUCGCUGGUGUGCCACCACAGACAACUUUGACCAGGACAAGAAAUACGGAUUCUGCCCCAACCGAGAUACUGCGGUCUCCGGAGGAAACUCUGAAGGAGAGCCAUGCCACUUCCCAUUUACGUUCCUUGGCCAACAGUACGACACGUGCACUAGUGAGGGCCGAGAUGAUGGCAAGCUCUGGUGCGCCACUACCGCCAGCUACGACAGCGACAAGAAAUGGGGCUUCUGUAAUGACAGAGGUUACAGCCUGUUCCUGGUGGCUGCCCACGAGUUUGGACACGCACUCGGUCUGGACCACUCCAGCAUUCGACAGGCACUGAUGUACCCAAUGUACACUUACGUGGAGAACUUCUCCCUGCAUAAAGAUGACGUUGCGGGCAUUCAGUAUCUCUAUGGACGUAGAACAGGCCCAAAUCCCACACCCCCUAGGCCUCGCACCACGACUACCACCACAACUCAGGUUCCUACUACCACUACUCAAAAACCUGUGGAUCCCACAGCCAAAGAUAUUUGCAAAGUUAACAGCUUUGACACCAUCACCAACAUUGAAAACAAUUUGUAUUUCUUCAGCGACGGAUAUUACUGGAAGAAAUCCAGCAGCAGAAAUGAUGGCGAGCUCAAAGGUCCAUUCAGAGUUUCUGAACGUUGGCCGGCACUGCCGACAGUCAUUGACGCAGCUUUUGAAGAUCUUUUCACGGGGAAACUUUACUUCUUCUCUGGCCGCCAGUUCUGGGUAUAUACAGGACAGAACGUUCUGGGCCCUCGCAGCAUUGAGAAGCUUGGCCUACCCGCCAGCGUGAAGAAAGUUGAGGGUGCGCUGCAGAGGGGAAAAUCCAAAGUUCUGCUCUUCAGUGGAGAUAAAUACUGGAGGCUCGAUAUGAAGGCCCAAAUGGUCGAAAGGGGAUACCCACGAUAUACACACACAGCCUUUGGCGGUGUUCCCAGUGAGCCUCAUGAUGUCUUCGAGUUUAACGGUCACAUCUACUUCUACUGGGACCGCUUCUACUGGCGAAUGACACCUCGCAAGCAGGUGGACCGCGUCGGCUACAUCAAGUACGACUUGCUGGCGUGCUCCGAUUCUUGA